CUGAGAUCGAUGACUUUUGACUCCACUGUUGAAGUUGUCGGGUGGGUUGCUCUGUGAUCUGGACCUCGUGAUCGUCACCUUCUUGAUCACUGACCACCGUCAACGUUUACAUUGCGGUAAAUCCCAUCACAGGACUUGAACAGCACACCGCAAGACCUCCUCUGCACAUCUACACACACCGAGGAGGCGACCAUGACCGGUGGGCUAUGAGACACCAGGAGCCAUGGCGGCUUGGCAACGGAUAACCGCCUUCUCUUCGCUGCUCCACGUCGGUUUGUUGUUGUUGCUGUUGUCGGCUCGGAGCAGCGAGAGACCGUUGGGGAAAUGUGUCGGCGACAAGCCUUGUUCCCCGCGACCUCCCGUAGUCCUCGUUCCAGGGGAUCUGGGAAACCAGUUGGAGGCGAAGCUCGAUAAACCUAGUGUGGUUCACUACAUCUGCUAUAAGAAGACUGAGUCCUUCUUCACUCUGUGGCUGAACCUGGAGCUGCUGGUCCCUGUAGCCAUAGACUGUUGGAUUGACAACAUAAGGUUGAUCUACAACAAGACCACACAUGCCACCUCGUCCCCCCCGGGUGUGGACAUCCGUGUCCCCGGGUUCGGACAGACGUAUUCACUGGAGUAUCUGGACCCCAGCAAACGCAGUGUGGGCAUGUAUUUCUUUACUAUAGUGCAGGCGCUGGUGGAGUGGGGCUACACCAGGGAUGAUGACGUCAAAGGAGCUCCCUAUGAUUGGAGGAAAGCCCCCAAUGAGAAUAAAGAGUAUUUCCUGGCGCUGCAGAAGAUGAUCGAAGAGAUGGCGGAGAAGGCUGGCGGGCCCGUGGUGCUCAUCGCUCACAGCAUGGGCAACAUGUACACCUUGUACUUCCUCAACCAGCAGCCACAGGCCUGGAAAGACAGAUACAUCAAAGCUUUCAUCUCUCUGGGACCACCGUGGGCCGGGGUGGCCAAGACGCUCCGCGUGCUCACCUCUGGUGACAAUAACCGCAUCCCAGUGAUCAGCCCGUUGAAGAUUCGCUCCCAGCAACGUUCUGCUGUCUCCACCUCCUGGCUGCUCCCCUAUGCCCACUCCUGGCCCAAAGAUCAGGUCUUGGUGCAGACUCCCGCCGCCAACUACACUGUGCAGGACUACAAGCGCCUCUACUCGGACAUCGGCUUUGAGGACGGCUGGCUGAUGCGGCAGGACACGGAGCCGCUGGUGACCGACCUCACGCCCCCCGGCGUGGCCGUCCACUGCUUGUACGGCAGCGGCGUCCCCACGUCGGAGGGCUUCCAGUAUUCUGACAAGUUCCCCGACGUUGAGCCCACCGUGCUGUACGGCGACGGGGAUGGGACAGUCAACCUGCGGAGCGCCGUGCAGUGCAAGCGCUGGGUAGGAAAGCAAAAACAGCCCGUGGCGUUAAAAGAGCUCCCAGGGAACGAACACGUGAACAUGUUGCUGAACAUCACGACUGUGUCUUACAUCAAGACUGUGCUGUUCUCCCCGUGAGGCUGGAAGGAAGUGAGGGACUGGCUAGAAGGAAGAUUGCUUUAAUCACACACACACACACACACACACACACACAGACACACAGACAUAGAGGUAUAUGUAGGACAGACUGACUCAUCUCGCCUGUCUUUCUCAACACUGACUGCCAAAAUAUUCCUGUGUACAUGCCACAUCGCUUAAGAAAAAGUAUUGAAAUUUUGUAGCACAACUGCAAAAAUGUUUUAAAAUUAAUUUUAUAGCCGUAAUUAUACAACUUCUGUUACUGUCAGGUUGUUUACUGUCGAGUACGCCUAAAUACAAUGACUUUUAUGAGUCUCAGCUUUUAAAUAACCCAAGGUUUUACCUACUAAAUUCUUGUAUGGUUAUUAUGAUAAAGAAUGUGCGUAUGUACAAGUGGAAACCCAGGGAUAUACAGUAUGUGCCACUUUCUGAGUUAUUAAUCAAAGUCAGAUCUUUUUAUUAAUAUUGGAGAUUUCUGAACUCCUUGGACUCUGAUGUUUGGCUAAAGGGCAUACUGUAUUGGUAUCUUUCAGGUCACAUGUUACAGUGCUCUGACUUAUUAACAAACCUAAGUAGACUUCUACCAAAUCAACUUGUUUAUUUGUUUUGUCAUUUUAUUUCUAGUGAUCCUUUUGUUGAUCUUUUAUGUUUAUUUUUUUGCAUGCAGCCAAGCUGUACGUCCAGGAUUGCUUCAAGGAUAGUUUUUAUUUACACGAGUCACAGAGGGACUGGAACCAUACCUGGGGUGUGGAUGUUGAUUUUAGUCAUGUUGAAGCCACUUACUUGCAUUUUCAGGACCUUGAACCACAUCUCAUGGUCUGAAUCAGUGAAUGCAAUCGGCUCCAUUCAUUGAGUUUGCUCAUUGAUGAAGACCAUGAGAUGCAGCUGAAAGCUCCAGAAAGAGCUAGCAAGUGAACCUUGGAGAAAAAAGAUUUGUCAAAAAAAAAGAAAAUCUUGAGUCAAGGUCCAAUUACUGGCUUUUUCCAGAGCUUUCAACUGCAUGUCAUGGUCUUCAUCAGUGAAUGCCGUUUGCUCAAUAGUUUUGGAGAUAUCUCUAUUGUCCUGUCCAUUUUUAAAAGGCCAUGUGAUGGCCGCUGUAUCCGUUAAUGAGCAUGACAUGUAGGUGAAAGCUCCAGUAAAUCUAAUAAGUGGAUUUUUUAGUGUUAUGGAUUUAAACAAAUUAAAUUCUGCUCCUGAUGGAUCAAAAAACGUAAUGUUUUUAACUGUUGGAAUCAUUGUUUUAGCAUUCAUGUAUAAUGUAAAAUGAAAUUACCCGCUAUAGUAAGCUCUUUCUCUUCACUUUCAAUGUCCUAUACAGUACAUUAUGAUUGUUCUAUACAUAUGUUUUGCCCAGGUUUGGUUUGACCCUGGUGCCUGGAUGGGCUGGAUUUAAACAGGGACAAAUGAGGGUUAUUGUUCUUACCGUAUAAUUCAGAUCUGUUUAUUAUUUUAUAUAUCCUCUUUCUGUUUAGACAGACUUGAAAAGUUCCAUGUGCAGAGUUUAAAACCUGACUCUGUCCUGGUGGAGAAUCUGUCUGAUCUGAGGGAUUUUACUGUGCCAUCGAGCCCUCUGUGGGCCAGACCAAGAUGAUAUGCUCAUAUCUGCUGUGAACUAUCAUAAAUGUGUGUCAUAAACGUGUUGCCUUCUGUAGAGUAAAUAUUUCAAAUAUUA